GUAACAGAGAUGCCUAUCGAUUCCUCCACCUUUGCCAUCUCCGGAUUGACAUGAAGUCCCAUUCUCUGCAAAGAAAUGGCGCUUCGUGCCUGUGAAUAUGCGUGGAAGGGCGGACUAAUUUUUCACCGUCCCCUAAUUCUCUGCUUUGACAAGGUUCGGCGUUACAGUUCUGUCUCGGCGGUUUCAUUGCCGGACGUUGAAGGGAAGAAGAUAGGUAAUGAUGAAAGCAAGGCACCGCAAUGGAAGAAGUUGGAUUCUGAUGAACUGGGCAUCAGAAAUUCAAUGAUUUCAGAGCCUACACGAGUAGUACUUAAGAAGCUGAAGAAAAAUGGAUAUGAGGUGUACCUUGUGGGAGGUUGUGUAAGAGACCUUAUCUUAAACAGGACGCCAAAGGAUUUUGACAUUGUAACUUCGGCCGAACUCAAAGAGAUACGAACAACUUUUCACCAAUGUGAAAUUGUUGGAAAAAGAUUUCCCAUUUGCCACGUGCAUGUCAAUGAUUCCCUUGUUGAGGUUUCAAGUUUUAGCACUUCCGCGGGCAAGGGUGGUAAGAAGUUGAGUGAAAAUUUCAUAAAACCUAAAGGCUGCAAUGGUCGUGAUUACAUACGGUGGAGGAAUUGUAUUCGGCGUGACUUUACAAUUAAUGGGUUGAUGUUUGAUCCAUAUGCAAAGAUCGUGUAUGACUACAUGGGGGGAAUGGAAGAUAUUAGAAAAACCAAGGUUCGGACUGUAAUGCCUGCGAAUACUUCUUUCCUGGAAGACUGCGCUCGAAUUUUGCGUGCAAUCAGGAUUGCUGCACGUUUAGGAUUUUCCUUCUCAAGGGAAUUGGCUCUUUCUUUAAAACAGUUAUCACGCUCAGUGCUGAGGCUUGACAAGGGAAGAAUACUUAUGGAAAUGAAUUAUAUGCUGGCAUAUGGUUCUGCAGAAGCUUCUUUGCGGUUAUUGUGGAGAUUUGGACUUCUCGAGAUACUUCUACCUAUCCAAGCAUCAUAUUUUGUCUCUCAAGGUUUUAGGAGACGUGAUAAUGGAUCUAACAUGCUUCUGUCCUUAUUUUCCAAUCUUGAUAAGCUUGUGGCACCUGAUCGGCCAUGUCAUAAUAGCUUAUGGAUUUGUAUCUUGGCUUUCCAUAAAGCUCUUGUUGACCGACCUCGAGAUCCUUUGGUCAUUGCAGCAUUUGCCCUUGCUGUCCACAAUGGCGGAUCUUUGGUAAAUGCUGUGGAGAUCUCUAGGAGAAUAUCUCGUCCUCAUGAUGCUAGCUUCCAUGAAUUACAAGAGGCUUCAGAUUCAAACUCAAAUCAGGCGCUGAUAGAUCAGAUCGUUGAUCUUGCGUUAUCAAUAAAAUAUUCGUUGCGCAAGAUGAUGGAGAGAGAUUAUGUUUCUCAAGCAAUGGCCAAAUACCCUCGAGCACCAUGCUCAGAUCUGGUUUUCAUCUCAGAAGCAUUGUCAAUGAGAGCAUGCAAGAUUUUUGAAUGUGUUAGAAGGGGUAAGGAGAAGGGAUAUGUGCCCAGAAGACGGAAUAAGAUCAACUACAAGUCUCUGGCUGAGGGGAGCUUGCCAGAGGUUCGGCGCUUGUUUGCAAGGAUUGUUUCUGACACAGUGUAUCCCCCAAUUCAUGGUGAUCAGAAUAGUCUUGUUAAUAUGAACAGCCAUUCUUAGGCAAUUAAGCUUCAUUAUUCUUGUGACAAAACCCCACUUUGGUGAGUGAUUAAGUUGCAUUCAUCCUUUUUGUGUUUUUAGUAAAUAGAGACUUGUUCUUUUACGUCA